AUGAAGGCUUUCAUCUUUGCCCUUGCUGUUGCCUGCGUUGCGGCUGUACCAUACGGCGAUGUCGAUCUGGCCGAAUCCCAGCGCAUUGUUGAUGGCAUAAUCGAAAACUGGAUCUCAAGAGCCCAGUUACGUUUGUCUCCAUUUGAUCCUAUCGUGAACAAUGAGUACGCGGGCGGCUGGCAUCUUCCGGGAGGAGAAAACAUCCUGAAAGUCCGUGGCUCCGUAGAAGGUGUCAACGCCGCCGGCUUCAGCACCUUCGAAUUGGAUAGCAUCUCCUACAACUUAUUCACUGGUCAACUUCACUUGUCCUUGAGCUUGAAUUCUGUUUCGGCCUCAAUAGACGCUGCUGAAGGAGAAGUCCAAAUUUUCGACCGUAAACUGACCGCAGACGCUUCUGGAGGAAUCGCCGUGUCCGACGUGCGCGUUCGCGCUGGUGCCAUUGUCGCUGUCGGUGUCGACGGAUACAGCGUUAGGAACGUCGAACUUGAGCUGUCUAUUGGAGAAAUCAACUCUGAAAUCCAAUUGAACCUGUUCGGGCGUGAGGUCGGAGGACGCAUCAGCGACUUCUUGAACAAACUCCCCUACAACUUAGAAAAAUACCAAUCCCAGGUCAGCCGGGUUUUGGAGUACCUCUCUGAAUACAUCAUCAACAGACUUCUGUCCAGACCUUCUGAUGCGCAAUAA